UUUUUUAUUAUUAUUUGUUAAACUGCUAAUAUGUUUAUCUUGUAGGACACCACUUUUUAAAAAAGAGAAAGAAAAAAGACAGAAAUAGUGGUAUAGCAUUCAGGAAGCUUUUAUUCACUCAAAAUGUAGGCUUACCUGCUUGCUGUGAGAUUGAUUGAUUAAUUGGAUUGUUAUACAUUAAAAUGAGGCUACUCGAUGUGGAAUACAGUGUGAUCAUGUGGAAAUACAGAAGGAGAAGACAUUCUAGCCUUCACAACGGUAUGAAUUGAAAAGAAUCAAACCAACUGUAGUUCGAAUCACUUACAAGAAUCGAUUCGGUAAAGUGACUCGGAUGGACGCUGCUGUCACGCCGUUCACGUGGAAGUGCCGCGGUUUGAACAGGGCAUGCCAUGAUUAAGAAGCUAAUUUGGUGUGAGCGAUGCGAACUGAUCUAAUUAGUCAUGAUUAAAUCUAACUCUUUAUUAAUCUGACAGGGUUGAUUUGUUUUACCCCUCUUGUGAAAAUGGGAGAAUUGCACCGGAUCUGCUGGAGGCUGUCACUUCAGCUCGGUAUUCUUGUAAUAUCCUGUUCAAGUUUCAUCCAAAGCAGCCCAGGUGCUAUCACACUCAUAAACCCUCAUGAGUCUCCAGUCUCAGUCCACCCUCUGUGGGUCCAGUACUCCUGCAGUGAUUCAUCGAUGGUCCAUCUGCAGGUGUUGGUCUCUUUUGACACCGGAACCACAUCUGUGAUCGUCCAGAGACGGUGGGAGUGUUCUCCUGGUGCCCACAGAACCCGUGUUGUGAAGAUGCAUCUCCCUGACUGGUUGGUUUAUCAGCCUGACUGGAUGAUACCGAUGUCUGACUGGGUGCUUAGCUGUUUUGUUCGUGUCUGGAUGAGCAGCGGUGUAUCGUCUGAGCCGAGCCGGGAGUCUCUGGCCAGCGCAGUGGAAACUUUCACCGUCCUCAAUCCUCUGAGUCGGACGUUUAAAGAGCACCUGCUGUGUCCUAGCUGGGAGACGGAGAUGCUUUGGAAAGCUCGGAAAUCUGAGUGUCCAGUGGAAAACGAAGUCGCCAGUUUGCUGUCCUCGCUCUAUGGGUCCACUGGGGAGAACUUUGGCAUCACUAGAACGCUCCAUCCGUACACGAAUAGAUUACUGGAAGGACAGCGCCUCAAAGCCAUUACAUAUCCAUGGUGUGCCUUCUCUCUUUGGGUUUUAUUAGACAGACAAUGUAAAGAACAUCUGUGUGGGAUUUUACACCACAUAGACACGAAGGAGAAUUACGUCAGUCCAUCUUUGUUUCUCACACGUACUGGUCACAUCCACUUGCAGCUGGAAUUAGAGAACGGGUCGACUUCAGCGUUUCUGUCUUCCUUCACACUUCCUUUGCACCAGUGGUGCCUUCUGAGUCUGGAGCUGACUGGAAGAAUGGGGAAAAUCACCAUCGUGUGUAUUGAGGGACAUGAACAACCCGUUGAAGACUCAUCAGAAUACAUGUUUCGUACGACAGUAAAGUUGGAUGAUACAGAUGGAUAUUUUGUGGUUGGUGGAGGUAAAUUUAUAAGAGGCAUUGAAGGGUUUUAUGGUCCAGUCACGUAUUACAGAUCAAGAAUUCCAUCUUUUAACAUGUCUGAGCUCCGGCUUCCUCAGACAGUACGGAUGGUGAAUAUAUCUGGAUGGUUACAAUCCUGUCAGCAAUUUCAAACUGACCUUGAACACAAACUAUCCGAGUUUUCACGUGAAAUUGCUGCGAAGACCCAGGGAGAGAGAUGUGUGGAUGUAUACACAGAGCUGACACUGAAAACCAAACCAACAUCCUCGAGGACACAGUGCAGCCCCGAUGAAGCACUGCACAGUCCUCAGAGACGACCGGUGGCUCGGCUGGUUGAGAUAAUAUUCAACAAAUAUGGCUCUGUGAGUCCAGCAGCCGUUGGCAGAGCUUUGUAUGCUGUGGUGCUGCGUAUGAUGGAGAGAGAAGAGAGCGUGAAGUCAAUAAGCAGGCUGAUGCCUUCUCUAUUACAAGCAGGGUGUUUAGGAGACAACCGAGCUCUCCAUCUCGCUACGGUGCUCUACAGCAGUGGGCUUGGUGUUAAGAAGCAGCCCUAUAAGGCCUGGCUGCUAUCAGUUUUGGGAGCUCAGAAGGACUGGAGGCUGGCUCUCCUCCGGCUGGGGCACCUGCACCGCGUCGGUGAUCAGGGCGUGGCAGCAGACCCUGACCUCUCCUACGCGUACUAUUCCAACAUCGCCAGGCAAACCUCAGCUGACCGCCUCAAGCCUUCCUCACAACAGACGUUUGUCGAGUCAAUACACCUGUAUGACGAGGAAAUCCUGAAAGCCCAAACCAAUGAGGAUGACGACAUCUUUCAGUGGCUCAAACUCCAGGCACGCAACGGUGUAGCAGACGCGGAGCGAGCAGUGGCUCGGAUGCUGUUCUGGGGUCAGCAAGGUGUAAGUCCAGAUAUCCAGACGGCAGUGAGGCACUAUGAGAGAGGAGCCACCAGACUGCGGGAUCCUGUGUCUAUGUACGACUACGCCAUCGUUCUGCUCACGGGCCAAGGAGUUCCACAAGAUGUGCCAAAAGCUGUCACUUUCCUGAAAAAAGCAAUGGAACAGGGCUUCGCUCCAGCCAUCACGGCUUUGGGUUGGUACUACGAGCAGUUUGAGAAGAACUAUGAGCGAGCAGCUGAGCUCUGGGAACAAGCCGAUCAGCUGGAAAAUCCAGAUGCUGCUAUGAAUCUAGGAGUCCUUCACUCGCAAGGCCUUUAUCCUGGACAACAACCUGACAAAGUUAAGGCGUAUAAGUACUUUCUGAAAUCAGCCCAGAGAGGCCACAUCAACGGAGGCAUUGAGCUAGCCGAAAUUUGGAGUCGAGGUAUUCCUGGCUACGUGGCGCGACAUCCAUCAAAUGCUGUUCUGUGGGUGAAGUGGGCGUCCGAGCAGAAUGGAUAUCUAGGUACAGCCUUGAGGAAAGGCCUGAAUGCCUAUCUUAAGGGGAACUGGUUUAUGGCAUUGGUUCAUUACCUGAUAUGUGCCGAGUGUGGAUUUGAAGCAGCUCAGUUUAACGUAGCGUUCCUGUGCGAGCACAGUCCCCAUGGAUCCCUGAAUCCAGCAUUUAUAACACAGUGUAUGCUACGAUACUACAAUCUCUCCAUUCAGAGCCAAGAUCCUUCACCUUAUGCUUUGGUUAAAAUGGGAGACCUGCUCUAUGUGGAGCACACACUGGGCAAAAGAGACCUUUCAGAUGUAGUUGAGAUGUACAAAAAAGCAGCACUCAAAAACAACCCACAGGGCUGGUAUAGUCUGGGGCUGCUUGUUCAGGAAGGUCACAGAUUACCAGCCACAGUACUCUCAGAACUAAAGCUGCUGCAACAAUAUUGUUCGGAUAAAUACACCCUUCUUACCAGCCUGUACCACAGAUGCCGAGACUCUAACAGUGAUGAGGCAUACGUCCCCUGUACUCUUGCUCUGCUUGCUGCACACUUAGACUCCAUACAAACACUUGGACCUCCUACUGUGAAGCUCCUGAGCGCCGUGGCGGUUGCUUUCGCUACUCUCACCUUUUUCAAACUCGUCCCCGUGAUCCUUCGUCAGAGGUCAGUAUCACCCGAGAGCAGUGACGCACCAGAACAGGACGAGACUCCGGUGGACUGA